AUGGCGGUGGCACAGCACUGUGCCAAUGAGGCCCACGCCACAGAUGAACAGGAACCUAUGGGCAGGGAGGCUGUUCCUCUACAGGAACCCCUGUGGGAUUAUAAUUCUCCCGAGGGUGAGGCGUGCCAGGAUCGCAUGGUUUGCUACUUGUUAGCAGUGCGGCAAAGAAGGGCACUGGGCACGGAAGUGCCCCAACCAACCACGCAGACCGACCAGACCGUGCCCCAGCGGCGAAGCUCCGUGAAGGGAAGUGAUGGGGUGCAAAGGACGGCCUAUGCAGUGGUGAUUCUGUCGCAGGAAAGGGGCUUUCUUACCACUAAGGGAACCCCGAUCAUCAAUGGCAGCACUAUCAGCCGCCUGCUACAGGCCCUACAAGACCCCAAGGAGGUGGCCAUCGUGCAUUGUAUGGGACAUCAGACUGGAAACGAUCCAGUAACCAGGGGGUGGAUCGAGGCCUUCCCCACCUACCGAGAGACUGCAUCAGUGGUGGCGCAGGUGCUGGUGGAACACAUCGUCCCUCGUUUUGGGCUCCCCACUUCACUCCAAUCCGAUAACGGACCUGCCUUAAUCUCCCGGGUCACUCAGCUAACUGCCGAGGCUCUCAAUAUCACCUGGAACCUCCAUAUACCCUAUCACCCCCAAUCAUCAGCCGGCGGCUCCUUCCUCGCCCGCUGCGGGGCGCAUGCAGCCGGCUCUCGGCGGGAGCUGCAGGCGGCGGAGGCGCAGCGGGACCAGCUGGAGGGGCGCAUGCCGGGCGCGGGUCCCCAGGGGGCGGCGGGGGUCUCCGCGAAGGUGUCGGAAAUGAGGCAGGGGCGUGGCGUGCGGGUUGGGAGAGGAGCCGGUGCGCGGCUGCCAGCCCACGCGAGUCCGGCCGGGUCCCUGACCCAGGACUGCGCUACAAGCCCGGAGAGCGGGUUUCGAACAGUGCUGUUCGGAGCCGCCCCGGUGGCGAAUCCGGGUGGCCGAGGAAAGGGCGGCGGCGUGAGGACUAAGAGCUGGGGUUUGGAGACAGUCUGCUUGCAUCUCAAUCCUGGGGUUGGCAGGGAUGACACUCAAGCCCCACUCAGAAUGGAGCUGAAGCCACUGGAAGCCACUGUUCAGGACAUCUGCCAUGUAUCUGUCACCAGAGAAGACUGGCUUCUUCAAGAAAAGAAACAGCUGCAGAAAGAAAUUGAAGCCCUCCAAGCAAGGAUGUCUGUUCUGGAAGCAGAAGAUCAACAGCUGAGAAGGGAGAUAGACGAGCAAGAGUCACAGCUCCUGUGGCAGGGCUGUGACCUGACCUUCCUGGUGCAGAGGCUGUCCCUGGGUGAGCUGCAAGGGCUCAGUGAGGCCUUGCACAACACCCUGGCCUUGGGUCAGAUUCCCCUCCAAGCCGAAUCACCUGAAACCCUAAGGAGCCUCCAGGAAAGGAUGAAAUCCCUCAACUUGUCACUUAAAGAAAUCACUACUAAGGUGUGUAUGAGCGAGAGACUCUGCAGCACUCUCAGGAAGAAAGUUCAUGACAUUGAAACCCAACUACCUGCGCUGCUUGAGGCCAAGAUGCUGGCCUUAUCAGGAAACCAUUUCUGUACAGCUAAGGGGCUCACGGAGGAGAUAAGGUCACUGGCAUCAGAGAAGGAAGGGCUGGAGGGACUCCUCAACAAGCUGUUGGUUCAGAGUUCCAGGAAUGUCUAAAAGUUGGGAAGUGUAAAAGAAGAUUACAACAGACUGAAAAGAGAACUGGACUACAGGGAGACUGCCUAUGAAGCAAGUGUGAAGGAGAGCACAGUGAAUUACACGCAUGUGCUGGAGGAUAAGCUGCACAGCUGCAAAUGUCCCCUGCUUGGAAAAGUGUGGGAAGCAGACUUAGAAGCUUGUCAGUUGCUUAUCCAGACCCUGUAGCUUCAGGUGGCCAGGGGAAGCCUAUCUACAAAAGAAGAGGGGCAGGUGGAUGACUCAGGGGGAGCUGCCGUACAACCACUCUGGCCAAGCCCCCCCAGGCCCCACUCUGAAGAUAAGAAGAAGAUCUCUCUGCAGGCAUCUGAGGAGUGGAAGACUCACGUGACCCCACUUUCCUGUGCUGGCAGCGAACAGAAGGAGGAAACUUACAUCCUUUCUGCAGAACUAGGAGAAAAAUGUGAAGCCAUAGGCAAGAAGUUAAUGUACUUAGAAGAUCAACUUCACACAGCGAUCCAUAGUCAUGAUGAAGAUCUCAUUCAGUCUCUCAAGAGGGAGCUCCAGAUGGAGAAGGAAACUCUGCAGGCCAUGAUCCUGCAGCUCCAGCCAGCAAAGGAAGCAGGAGAAAGGGAGGCCGCCUUCCGUGUGACAGCUGGCCCCUGGGCAACACAGUCUCCUUAGGUGGGACUGCACAGGGAAAGGAGGGAAUAUAGAAGUUCCAGCCUUCACAUGGAUCCAUGGACACUAGACAAUUGUUGUCAUCUCCUGAAGUCAUACUUGUUUCUGGAAGGCAGCUGGCACUUUGCACAGCUUUCUUUGUUGUGCAGUACUUCUGUCCUUGGUUGAGAAGAUGCCCCUGCUUAAGCCGGCAACUGUUCAGGGUCCUUGGAGCAAAACAAAGCACAACAUGUGAAUUUUCUGAUUGUGUUUCCUACAGUUUUAUUUUGAGCAUUAAAAAAAUACAUGGUA